AUGGACCGUGAUAGAGUAUCUAGCUCUAUUAACUCUCCUCCAUAUUUUGAUGGGAAAGAUUACUCUCAAUGGAAAGUAAUGAUGAUGGCUUUCCUGCAAUCUCAAGAGGAUAAGUUAUGGAACAUCAUGGAGAAGGGUUGGAUAGAACCAACUAUAAAUGAAGCUGAAACUUCAAAUCUUAUUCCUAAACCGAGAGGUGAGUGGACUGUUGCUGAGCAAUCAGAUCACAAAUGUGAUACUAAAGCUCGCUAUAGCCUUUUUGCUGCCUUGUCGGAUAAGGAAAGAAAAAGAAUUACAAAUUGUCCAACUGCUAAAGCUUCUUGGGAAUUACUUCAAACCACUCAUGAGGGUAAUAAAAAGGUGAAGGCACAAAAACUUCAAAGCCUUGUGCUUGAAUUUGAACAAAUGACUAUGAGAGAGGAUGAAUCUAUUGAUGACUUCCAUAGUCGCCUCAUCAAUGUUACCAAUCAAUGUCAUGGGUUGGGUGAUCCUAUUUUAGAGCAUAGAAUUAUGAAAAAGUUUCUUCGAGCUCUUCCUCCUAGUUUUGAGGCUAAACAAAUUGCCAUUGAGGAAGCUCAAGAUUUUGAUACAUACUCAUUAGAUGAGUUUGUGGGAAAUUUGAAAACCUUUGAGUCAAAAAGGAAAAAGGGUCAGAAAGAAAAAACAAUUGCUCUAAGCACUUUGAAAAAAGAGGAAGACCUUUCUGAUUUUAAUCUAGAAGAAUUUGCUCUUCUCACAAAACAGUUCAAAAAAAUUCUUAAAUCUGCAAGUGAAUCGGAAACUCAGUCCGACCAUGAAGAGGAGAAUGUUGCCCUUGUUGGUACCACCCAAAAUGAGUCCUCAGAUGAAUCUGAUGAUGAUGAGCACUCUGAGAAGGUAGCCUCUAACAAGUUCGAGCAACUGUACAAAGCCUUAAAAAUAAUGAUUGGAAAGAUUGACGAAUUAAAGGAUCAACUUGCUGUUUGUGAAAAAGAAAAAUCUGGGAUCGCAGAGAAGUUGCAAUCCUACAAGAAGAAGUGGGAAAUUGAAAGAAAUGCAUUGGUAAGUCAAGUGGAGACUCUGCAAGAGAAUGUCAAUGCUCAAAUCAGGUUGGUCAAUUCUCUAACUUCUGAAAAAAUCACUCUUGAAAAAUCCUUAGGUGAUUCUCAAGAAAAGUUUUCAAAAUUUUCAAUUGGAUCUGAUAAGGUUUCCAAAAUGAUUGGAAUGGGCAAAGUUGAUAGGGAUAAAAAGGGUCUUGAUUUUCUUUCUGGAGAAAGCUUCUCUACAAAGCCGACUAUGUUUGUGAAAAGUAAAUUGUUGCCUAAACAAAGUUCAACUCUGGAAAAAUCUUUGAAAGAAUUUGGAAGGAUUGCUAAACUUGUUGCAAUCCCGAUAAAAGAAAAAACUGUUUGGGCAAAGAAAAAUAAGUCAUUUCAUCCACUUGCCUCUGCUGAUUUUAAGCCCUUUGACAUUUGUGGAACUGAUUCGGAACCUUCUGAAAUGUGUCUUCUAUCUUCUUUUUGUUUCUCACAUGUUGAAGAAAAUUACUUCAUUGCUACUUGUUUGGUUGCUCUUACGGCUCUAUCAUCUAGAAGAGCUGAUACUUGGUAUUUGGAUAGUGGGUGUUCUAGGCACAUGACAGGUGAUAAAAACUGGUUCUCAUCCUUCUAUGAUGAAGUUAUCAGUGGUUCUGUCACUUUUGGUGAUGGAAAGAAAGCAAAGGUUGUGGGAAAAGGGAUUGUAACUGCUCCUAGUAUCCCAAAUUUAAAAAAUGUGUUGUAUGUUGAAGGACUCCAAGCUAAUCUCAUUAGUGUGAGUCAAUUGAGUGAUGACUUUGAAGAGGUUAGAUUCAAUAAGUUGAGAUGUCUUGUUCUUGAUGGUAAGGGUAAGAGUGUCAUGGGUGGACUACGAUCCAAAGAUCAUUGUUAUUGUGUUAACGCUAAUGAUUCUAUGUCUUCUCAGAUUUGUCUUAGUUCCUCCUCAACUGAAGAUACUCUCAAUCUUUGGCACAGACGCCUCUGCCAUGUGAACUACCAAGACUUGGUGAAGUUAUCCACCAAAGAAGGGGUAAGAGGUUUGCUCAAAUUGAGUGGGAAACCAUCUGGUAUGUGUGAGGGUUGCAAGCUUGGUAAGCAAACUCGUUCUUCACAUAGGAUCACUAAAUUUGUGUCUACUUCACAACCCUUGGAUUUAAUGCAUAUGGAUUUUGUUGGACCUAUUCAAACUAGAAGCUUAGGUGGUAAGAAGUACAUGCUUGUUCUAGUCGAUGAUUUUUCUAGGUUCACUUGGGUGAAAUUCUUGAGUGAAAAAUCUGAUGCUUUUGACAACUUUCAAAGCUUGUGCAAAAUGAUUUUAAAUGAGCAAUAUUCUUCAAAUAGAUGCAUUGUUAGACUUAGAACUGAUCAUGGAACUGAAUUUGAAAAUGCUUCAUUUGAUAAGUUUUGUUGUGAAAUGGGAAUUAAGCAUGAGUUCUCGGCUCCAAAAACUCCUCAACAAAAUGGUGUUGUGGAAAGGAAAAACAGGGUCUUAAUUGAAAUGGGAACAGUUAUGUUGAACUUUGCUAAUCUUGCUCAUACUUUUUGGGCAGAAGAAAUUAGCAAUGCUUGCUAUACCAUUAAUAGAGUCAUUUUUAGACCCGGAACUGAAAAAACUCCUUAUGAGGUUUUGAAAGGAAAGAAACCAAAUGUGAGCCAUUUGAGAGUGUUUGGCAACCCUUGUUACAUCUAUAGGGAUAGAGAAUACCUUGCCAAAUUUGAUGUUAAAAGUGACAAGGGAGUCUUUCUUGGUUACUCAUUGAAUAGUAGAGCUUAUAGGGUGUAUAACAAGAGAACUUGUUCUGUGAUGGAAACCAUUAAUGUAUCUAUUGAUGACUCAAUUGUGCUCUCGCAUACUCCUUGUAUAAGUUUUGAUCAGGUACUUUUCGAGAGAGAAAAGGAUGAUGAUGCUGCUGCUGCUGCUGAAGGCCAAGAAGAUGAGGAAGCUUCAGAGGGGAUUGAUGAUACCUCUGCAAUCCAGCCAGUUUACAGAACUGGACAGCAACAAGUACAUAAGGAUCAUUCCUCUUCUGACAUCAUUGGUGAUGUGAAUGAUGGUUUGAAAACAAGGAGACAAGCAAAAAAGGUUGUAAGCAAUCUCUCUAUUCUUUCAUGCUUCAUUGCAAAACAUCAAGAAGAUAUUAGCAUCAUUACAGUUUAUGGUUUUGUUUCUGUUAUAGAACCUAAAAAUGUUAAAGAGGCUUUGUGUGAUGUUAAUUGGAUAAAUGCCAUGAUGAAUUGUGUCAAUUUGCUAGAAAUGAUGUGUGGUAUUUGGUUCCUAGACUGGACUCUUCAUAUGUCAUUGGAACAAAAUGGAUUUUCAAAAACAAAUCUGAUGAAAAUGGUCAGAUUACCUGCAACAAAGCAAGGCUUGUUGCUCAAGGGUAUUCUCAAGUUGAAGGUCUUGAUUUUGAUGAAACCUUUGCCCCCUUGCAAGGCUUGA